AUGGCUCCAGGUACAGCUCAACAGUCGCAACAGCGGCAGUUUGUGCAUCCAACUGCCAGUCAUGCCAAGAAAAAAGCUCCAAGCGCAUAUUCUAUGCAACCAAUUUCCGCCUUCUACUGGUUCUUCGGCGCCGCUCUCGUAUCCGCCUGGUUCGCCCCGAUUCAAGAUUGCGAUGAGACGUUCAAUUACUGGGAACCGACUCACUACUUGUCCCAUGGUUACGGUCUUCAGACGUGGGAAUAUUCCCCAGACUAUGCUAUCCGCAGCUGGCUCUACAUCGCCUUCCACGCCAUUGUCGGCAAUGUGCGCCGGAUAUUUCCUCACUCGAAUAAGGUUGCCGAAUUCUACUUCGUGCGGUUUGGGCUAGCUUUUGUGUGCGCCAUCACUCAGACGAUCCUUUUCAUGGUCACCAGCACAACACUCAACAGCCGAAUUGGCCUUUUCUUCCUCAUCGCGACUGUUGCCAGCCCCGGAAACUUCCAUGCAAGCACUGCUUACCUUCCAUCGAGCUUUGCAAUGUACCUGGUCACUGUGGGAGCUGCAGCUUUUAUGAACUGGCGAGGUGGUCUCAAGACUUCUCAGGGGAUGUUUUGGUUUGCUGCUGCUGGGAUUCUGGGGUGGCCCUUUGCUGCUGCGCUUUGCGCGCCCUUCAUGCUCGAAGAGCUCAUCCUGCUUGCAUUUGGUGACAAGACAGCGUUGUGGGAAGCCUUUGUUCGCAUUGGCCGUGGUCUAGUUUCUGCAGUCUUGCUUCUUGCUGGCGACUACUUUGUCAACCUCUUUUUCUAUAAGAAGGCGGUUUCUGUGACAUGGAACAUUGUCAAGUAUAACAUCUUCUCAUCAAACCACGGCCCAGAGCUAUAUGGAACAGAACCUUGGACAUUCUAUUUCAAGAAUCUGGCAUUGAACUUCAACCUCUGGUUUGUUCUGGCUCUUGCUGCUCUGCCUCUAUUCAUACUCCAGAAGAUCAUUUCACCAUCUGGCCAAGGGUUUCAGACCGGGUUGAGGACCAUUGUGUUUCUCUCCCCCUUCUACAUGUGGCUGGCUAUCUUCAGCGCACAGCCUCACAAGGAGGAAAGGUUCAUGUAUCCGACCUAUCCCUUCCUUGCGCUCAACGCAGCCAUUUCUCUUCAUAUGAUUUUGACUGCCUUAGGCAACUCGGACCCCAAGUCCCUCGUUGGAAAGAUUCCUGCCAAGCUGAAGCUCCUGGUUGUUACUCUCACCAUGAUUCUGUCUAUCGAUGUCGCUCUUUUCCGUGUCUAUGGUAUCUGGUCCGCUUACUCUGGACCUAUGAAGAUUUACUCUCCCCUGUGGGAGGGAACAGAUGACAAAGAGCCCAUUGGUCGCGAGGAGGAUACCGUCUGCUUUGGAAAAGAGUGGUAUCGUUUCCCCUCAUCUUACUUUCUGCCCAGGGAUAUGCAUGCCAAGUUUGUCCGCUCCGAGUUCAGAGGUCUUCUGCCUGGUGAAUUCGCUGAAGCUGAGACUGGCUUCGGCUUCUGGAGCGGUACUUGGCUCCCAACAGCGGGUAUGAAUGAUCACAACGAGGAGGACUUGGGUAAAUACACUGAGCUCCCAGCGUGCACAUUCCUGGUCGACACUCAAUACCCAGAGAGGAACGACCCUCUGCCACCAAAUGAACCCGACUACAUUGCAGACGAGAAGAACUGGGAAAUUGUCAAGUGCGAGCCUUUCCUUGACGCUGCCAAGACACACAUGCUCGCGAGGACUCUUUGGGUUCCGGAUGCGUCAUUCAUCCCGGACAAGUUCAAGAGAAAAUGGGGUAGGCACUGUCUGUUGCAGCGAAAGAAUGCUGCUGAGCCUGCUGCUGCCAAAUAG